AUGAAGAAUUCAGUUAUUGACUCAAAAGCCAGAAAUACAACUGUUAAAUAUGCAUACAGUUUUAAGCGUUUUGUAGUGUGGUCUGAAAAGUAUACAGAAAUCAAGUCUGUCCUUCCUGCCGACGAAAUCUAUGUCAGUUUAUAUCUUCAAUAUUUAAUGCAAAGUGCUAAACAUUACAGUACUAUAGAAGCUGCAUGUUACGCUAUAAAGUGGGCUCACAGUUUAGCUGGGUUUGAAGACCCAUGUGCCUCGGAUAUAGUUAAAUGUAUUGUUGAGGCAUCUAAAAGAAAGCUUAAUAGGCCUAUUCAGAAAAAAGAACCGAUGAAUGCAAACAUCAUGCUCAGUCUUUUUAAGAAAUUUGGCGGUACUAAUAGUUCGUUAAAAAAUCUUAGAUUAUUAGCUAUGUGUUUUCUGGCUUAUUCAGGAUUUUUAAGGUACAGUGAAUUAUGCCAGAUUAGAGCUAAGAACAUUACAUUCGGAAACGAUCAUAUUGACAUAUAUAUUGAGAGUAGCAAAACAGAUUGUUAUAGAAAAGGAAAAAACGUUUUGAUAGCUAAACUUGAUCAAGCUCACUGUCCUGUUAAAAUUUUAAGUGAUUAUUUAGAUAAAGCUAAAAUAGACAGGUCCUCAGAUGAUUUUGUGUUCAGAGCUUUAUCGUAUUGUAAAAGUACAAACAACUGUAAGCUGAGAAAAAAGAAUAUACAACUAUCUUAUACUAGGACUAGAGAGAUUUUAAAAGGGGCUCUGUCGGAUUUAGGUUUAAACGCAAGAAUUUUUGGUACACAUAGUUUUAGGGCAGGCGGUUGCUCAGCCGCUAGUAACUCUGGUGUAUCGGAUAGAUUAUUAAAGAUUCACGGAAGGUGGAAAUCUGAUAUUGCGAAAGACAGUUACAUAAGCGACAAUUUGAAAAAACGCUUAUUAGUUUCAAAAUCUUUAGGUUUAUAA